AUGUCGGAGGAAUCACCAGCACAACGCUCCGCCCGAUUGCGCCGCGAGCGCCGCGAGGCAAAGAUCAAGGAAGGAGGCUCAGCGCGCCUGGACAAGAUCACCAGUCUCAGCGGGCGCACACCACAAAGCGAGCGAGAACAGGCCUCCCCAUCUCCUCAACCCGCUAUCUCCGCAUCCCCCUCUCCAGCGCCACCAAACCCCCAAUUCCGCCCCUCGGUAUCCCCCCAGCCAGACAUGCAGUCACCAGAAGCGAUCCGCGCCCAGCAGGAAGCAUUCUUCUCAAUGCUCCGACAGUCCGCACCCCAACAAGGCCAAGGCAUGCACCCCGACCCUCAAGCACCAACCAGCAUCCAAGCCCAACAGGAAGCAUUCCGCGCCAUGCUGAGGCAAUCCGCACCGGAGCAAGGACAGAGCCAACAGCCAGACGAAGAGGACCCAACCCUCAAACUCCUGUCUUCUCUCAUGGGCGCCAUUCCCGGUGUUGACCCCAAUGCUCCGGCAGGUGCAUCCCCAGCAGACGCAGGUAACCAACCUGCACCUGGAUUCUCGCCUGCUGCUAUCGCGUCGAUGCUUGGUGUGCCGCCUUUCAUCGCUAAUAUGCUGGGUGGAGGAGCACAGCCCACAGAAGCGGAACAGAAGCAAGCGCGGGCGUGGAAAACGCUGCAUGUUGUUUUUGCUUUGACGGUCUCGGUCUAUCUGCUCUUCAUCAUUGGAUCCUCGGUCGCGUUAUUCGGAAGUCCCCCGCCCAAGCCGGCGACGGCACAGAACCCCUUUGCCAUCUUUGUGACGGGCGAGCUACUUUUGACUGGGAGUAAGGUGUUGCUUGGGACAAAGUCCGGCGGUAUGGGGAUGGCAGUGCAGUUUUUCAAGGAUGUUGUGCGGGAUGGCAGUGUUGUGCUGUUCAUCUUGGGCAUGGGGUCUUGGUAUAAUCGGGAAUGGCAGACUACGGCAUACUAG